AUGUUUAAGCUUUUAUCAUCAGUUCUUUUACUUGUUUUUGUAUCAUCAAUCCUUCUUUCAUCAAAUGGAGUUCAUGGUGGUAGUGUUACUCAAACCAACAAAACUCUUGUUAUCAAUUUUAAUCCAAACAACAUGAUGUGGACCGCUCAACAAUUGAGAAACAAAGGUGUUAUCACCAACAUUGCUCCAUACUGUACUCAAAAUGGAAACCCACCAAUGAUUUGUAAUCUCCCAACCAUGCCAGCUUGUGAUUCCAUUCGUCUCUAUGGUAUGUCGGCCAUUGGUAUUGGAACAGUUUCUUUCUCUUACCCAUUCAACUGUACUGUUAUUGCUUAA